AUGGAUCACCUAGCGGACUCACGAGAGUCACAGUUUCACGUUCAAGACAGAAGCGAGUUGGAGCGGUACUUUCAUGGGCCUCGAAAUAUGACACGACAUUCAAAAUGGCCAACAGUCAUGAGAGUUCAAGGGAGUGUGAUGCCUCAAAUGAUUCUACCACUAUUGCUUGUCGGGGGCUGGGCCACGCUCAUUACCUGUAUUUCUCAUUUCAAACAUAAUCAUGGGCAGAUGGACGAAAGUACUGGGCCGGUCUUAUUCCAAACUUCGCGUACUCUGGCCCGCAUAAUCUGGGUACACUUUGACGAACGAGAAGGAGAGGAGAAUACAAAGGUGGAUCUUCUGAGAAAGCUGUAUAUCCAGGGACCCAUCUGGAACUGA